AUGGCUUCUUCUCUCGACCAGCUCAAGGCCUCCGGCACCGUCGUCGUCUGCGACUCCGGUGACUUCGCCACCAUUGGCAAGUACAAGCCUCAGGAUGCCACCACCAACCCCUCCCUGAUCCUGGCUGCCUCCAAGAAGCCCGAGUACGCCAGCCUCAUCGAUGCCGCCGUUGCCAAGGGUAAGACCGAGGGCAAGACCGUCGACGAGCAGGUCGAUGCCACCCUCGACCGUCUCCUUGUCGAGUUCGGCAAGAAGAUCCUCGAGAUCAUCCCCGGCAAGGUCUCCACCGAGGUCGAUGCUCGUUUCUCCUUCGACACCCAGGCUUCCAUUGACAAGGCCCUCCACAUCAUCAAGCUCUACGAGGAGAACGGCAUCUCCAAGGACCGCAUUCUGAUCAAGAUCGCCUCCACCUGGGAGGGUAUCAAGGCCGCUGAGGUCCUUCAGUCCAAGUACGGCAUCAACUGCAACCUGACCCUCAUGUUCUCCACCGUCCAGGCCAUCGCUGCCGCCGAGGCCGGUGCCUACCUCAUCUCCCCCUUCGUCGGCCGUAUUCUCGACUGGUACAAGGCCGCUCACAAGCGCGACUUCGCCCCCGAGGAGGACCCCGGUGUCAAGUCCGUCCAGAGCAUCUUCAACUACUACAAGAAGCACGGCUACAACACCAUUGUCAUGGGUGCCUCUUUCCGUAAUACCGGUGAGAUCACCGAGCUCGCCGGCUGUGACUACCUGACCAUCUCCCCCAACCUCCUUGAGGACCUCUUCAACUCCACCGCUGCCGUCCCCAAGAAGCUCGACUCCGCUAGCGCCGCUGGUCUCGACAUCCCCAAGCGCAGCUACAUCAAGGACGAGGCUCUGUUCCGCUUCGACUUCAACGAGGAGGCCAUGGCCGUCGAGAAGCUGCGUGAGGGUAUCUCCAAGUUCGCUGCCGAUGCUGUCACCCUCAAGGACAUCCUGAAGGCGAAGAUCCAGGCAUAA